AUUUGACAAAUGAGCAUUGAAUUGUUUGCUCAUUUUAAAAAUGAGCAUUGAAUUAUUUGCUCAUGUGACAAACUGUUUUGUUCUUUAAAUAGGUGAAUAUUGGUCCCGUUACAACUUUUCGAAUGGUGAAGGAAAUUGUUGGAGGAUAUGAAAACAUUGGUGCAUCUAAGGAAGAUUUCAAAAAUUUUCAUAGAGAUUUAAAAGCAUACAUUCAAGGAAGCGAUGCUCAAAUGUUCGUGGAUAACUUUACCAACAAAAAGCUGAUGUGGAGCGCUUUUUUCUUUGAUUUUGAGAUGGAUGAAGAUUAUUGCCUUUGUAGAGCAUUGUGGGCAGACCCCCUUUGUAAAAAGAGUUAUGCUCUAUUUGGUGAUAUGGUAUCCUUUGAUACCACAUACCAAACCAAUAGGUACAACAUGGUGUUUACUCCAUUUACAGGCGUUGACCAUAAUAAGAAUUGCAUUAAUUUUGCUGCUGGUUUCAUAGCAAAGGAAGAUAUCGUGUCAUUUGAAUGGUUGUUCAGAUCAUUCCUCAAGGCAAUGGGUGGGAAUGAACCUAAUUGUAUGAUCACAGAUCAGGAUCCAGCAAUGAAAAUUGCUAUUAGAAGUGUGUUUAAGAAGACUGAACAUCGGUUCUGUAUGUGGCACAUAAUGAAAAAAGUUACCAGAUAA